GCCCAAAUGUGCAAAUGGCUCUCUACCUAGGUCUCUCUCUCUCUCUCUCUCUCGUCUCGAUCGAGUAGUAGUGUGUUGAGUGUUUGACUCUGGACAUACCGACAAAGAACUCAUCUGGAAAUCAGAAAUGGCGGCGAGCCUUUUCCAGGAAAUCGAAGUCCCAAAUCAGAAACAUCUCACUGAUUCCCCGCCGUUCCCCGCCGUCCUCGGCCCAAAUUCAGCGCUCUCGCCGCCAUCUCUCGCCGACUUCACCUCGGCCAUAAAAUCCCAGAAGCCGCAUCUGGAAUCGCUGCUCCACAAAACAGGGGCAAUCCUAUUCAGGGGAUUCCCUAUCUCCAGCGCUGCCGAAUUCGAUCAAGUCGUGGAAUCCUUCGGGUACACCGAUCAGCCUUACCUCGGCGGAACGGCCUCCCGGACUAACGUCGUGGGUCGCGUCUACACCGCCAAUGAUUCCCCGCCCGAUCGCAAGAUCCCCUUCCACCACGAGAUGACUUAUGCGGCGGAGUAUCCAAAGAAGUUGUUCUUCUUCUGCGAGGUGGCGCCGGGCAGCGGCGGCGAGACCCCGUUGGUGUUGAGCCAUGUGGUGUACGAGAGGAUGAGAGACAAGUACCCGGAUUUCGUAGAGCGGCUGGAAAAGGAAGGGAUGGUUUCCAGGAGAGUGAUGGGGGAAGAAGACGACCCUUCAUCUGCAAUCGGUCGCGGCUGGAAGUCAAUGUUUUCCACCGACGAUAAACUUGUUGCGGAGCAGAGAGCUGCAGAGCUAGGAGUAAAGCUAGAGUGGAUAGGAGAUGGGUCAAUGAGAAGAGUAAUCGGUCCCAACCAACCAAUCAAACAUGACAAGUCGAGGGAUCGAAAGAUUUGGUUCAACGGGAUGGUGACGAGUUAUACAGCUUUUGGGGACGAGGUCACGUUUGGGAGCGGGGACGCUUUGCCAGACGAUGCCGUGUACCAUUGUUUGCACAUCAUGGAGGAGGAAAGCGUUGCGAUUCCUUGGCAGAAGGGGGACGUUCUGUUUAUAGACAAUUUGGCUGUUCUUCACGGACGCAAGCAUUUCACCCCGCCUCGUCGUGUUCUCGCUGCACUUUGCAAGUAGUAAUAAGUGAAAUUUAUGUGUGUGUUUGUAAUUUGAUUACUUUCGCUCUUUGCAAGUAGUAACAACUAGAUAAGUCCGUUCGCGGUGCUUCACGUCGACUGGACGAUAUGAAUAAAUGUAAAAUAAGUCAUAUUAUGCAAAUUCCAACAUUGUUGUUUCCUCUUGCCUCACUCAAGAUUAUAGAGAAAGUUCUUGGC